AUGGUCAAUAUUUACCUUUUUGGGGAUCAAACUAUCCGAGUGGACGACGCCCUCUACAAGCUAUUACAUGUGAAAGAUAACCCAACUUUAAAAUCCUUUCUUGAUGAAGCAUUUGCUGUUAUAAGGAAGCAGAUUUUCCUAUUACCGGCAAAUGAACGUACCUCGUUGCCGGAUGCACACACCCUCCCGCUUCUACUAGAUGCCGUCAGGAAUGGACGACGCCAUGUUGCCCUAGAAAGUGCAUUAGUAUGCCUUUGCGAGAUAGGGCAAUACAUUCUACUCUUACAGACUACGGAUCUUUCCCAUCCGCCAACUAGUUCCAUCCUAGUUGGGCUUUGUACCGGAUCUCUCGCAGCCGCCGCAAUUUCCUGCGCACGAACCAGUAUUGACCUGCUCGCCCUUGGCAUUGAGGCCGUGGUAGUUGCAUUUCGGGUUGGAAUGCAUGUAGCGCGACGGGCUAAUACAUUGGCCGGGGAAGACUCUUUGCAGUGGAAACCAUGGUCACUCGCCGUGGCAGAUAUGCCAGAAUUAGAAGCUGAAAAGAUACUUGAGAACUUUGUCAGGGAUGAGAAUAUCCAAAGCAUUGUGAAGCCGUACGUCAGCGCCGCUGGCAGCAAUACAGUUACGAUCAGCGGUAUCCCAAGAGUGUUGGAAGCAUUCAAGAACUUCUCAUAUCCUCGAUGCACAAAGACAUGGCCUGUGUCAAUAUAUGCACCAUAUCACGCGGCACACUUAUACAGCGAGGCCGACGUUGAAAAUAUCCUCAGAUGCAAGCCAAUCGAAAGAUCUCUGUUUCAUCGUGAAUCGAACGUUUCCCUCAUAUCAUGCGCUACGGGCAUGGUCCUGAAGGAGAGGACAUUUGGUGAUUUGGUUCAAGCAUUGAUCAGGGAGAUACUAACUUGCAAGGUGCGGUUCGACAAGGUUGAGGAGAGUGUUGUUCAGCGUAGUCCUGAUGCUACCGCUCAAAUCAUCCCUAUACACACGAAUGUUACAUCCAGGAUGAAAGCAUCACUAACACAAGCCGGCAUUGAAGUGAAGUGCUUAAAAGGGACAGCAAACCACGGACCGGCAGUCGAGACUUCACCAGAGCCUGCCAGCAAUGACUCAUCCAAGAUUGCCAUCAUUGGCUUUAGUGGUCGCUUUCCGGAGGCAGACAGUCUGACCGAAUUCUGGGAACUAUUGCAGCAAGGGUUGGAUGUCCACAAGCCUAUUCCCGCCGACAGAUUCGACCGCGAGGCUCAUUACGAUGCUACACUGCGACGAAAGAACACUAGUCGUAUCAAACAUGGUUGCUGGAUACGAAACCCUGGAGCAUUUGACGCGCGUUUCUUCCAAAUGUCCCCGCGCGAGGCAUGCCAGACGGACCCUGCCCAACGCCUGGCUCUGCUCACAGCUUACGAAGCCAUGGAAAUGGCUGGGUUUGUUCCGGAUCGGACGCCGACAAGCCGGCGGGAUCGCGUGGGCGUAUACUACGGCAUGACAAGUGAUGACUGGCGCGAGGUUAAUAGUAGCCAAGAUAUUGAUACAUAUUUCAUCCCAGGGGGUAUCCGAGCUUUUGUUGCCGGCCGCAUCAAUUACUUCUUUAAAUUCAGUGGACCGAGCGUCACAGUGGACACGGCAUGCUCAUCCAGCCUAACAGCUAUUCAUACUGCCUGCAACGCUCUACUCAACGGUGAUUGUGACACUGCCUUGGCCGGUGGCACAAAUAUUUUAACGAACCCCGACAACUUCGCUGGCCUUGACCGCGGGCAUUUUCUAUCCGCAACUGGAAACUGUAAAACGUUCGAUGACGGUGCGGACGGAUAUUGUCGUGGAGAUGGCGUGGGCACCGUCAUCCUCAAGCGCCUUCCGGAUGCAAUAGCUGACAACGAUCCUAUAUUUGGUGUGAUCGUAGGAGCCCGAACCUCACAUUCGGCAGAGGCGGUCUCAAUAACCCGCCCUUUGGCUGAUGCGCAGGCACAACUAUUCAAACAAUUACUGGCAGAAUCUGGUAUUCAUCCACACGAGAUCAGCUACAUCGAAAUGCAUGGCACAGGGACACAGGCGGGUGACGCAGUGGAGAUGAAAUCAGUGCUUGACAGUUUCGCUUGGGAUGAUAGCCGGGGUUUAAAUAGGCCGUUGCAUCUGGGGUCUGUCAAGGCGAAUGUUGGCCAUGGCGAGUCAGCAUCUGGUGUGACGGCAUUGAUCAAGGUCCUGCUGAUGAUGCAGAAGAACCGGAUUCCGCCACAUUGCGGCAUCAAGGGACGAAUAAACCACCACUUCCCUACAGAUAUGGAGCAACGCAAUGUGCAUAUCCCAUUCAAGGAAACUGACUGGGUGCGUCCGGGUGAAGGAAAUCGCCGCUCAUUCAUAAACAAUUUCUCUGCAGCCGGAGGCAACACGGCAUUGUUAGUUGAAGAUGCACCGUUAUUAGAGAGCUCUGGCGCUGGAGGCUCGUCAGAUCCACGACAAUAUCAUGUUGUUACUCUCUCCGCUCGAUCAUCGAAAAGCCUGUCAAAGAACAUGCGCGCUCUGGGCGAAUUCAUUGGAUCAGAAACCUCCCCGGGCCUCUUAGCACACAUCGCAUAUACGACGACCGCUAGGCGCAUGCACCACUCCUACCGUGUAGCCUUCGUAGGAAAUGACCUACAAGAAAUUAAGCGAAAGUUGCUGGACACAGAUGUGAUAGAGGAUAUCACGCCUUGUCUAACCAAAUCGCCCGGCGUAGGUUUUCUCUUCACGGGUCAGGGUGCACAACAAACGGCUAUGGCGCGGGAUCUAUACGACAGCUUCGCUUCGUUCCGUGCGGACAUAGCCGAGUUUGAGUCUGUCGGUCGCGGGCAUGGAUUUCCCUCAAUACUCCCUCUGCUUGAAGAUGCAGUUGACAUUGAGGAGUUGUCCCCUAUAAUAGUGCAACUUGGUACCGUGGUGAUCCAGAUGGCAAUGGCACGAUUAUGGCAGAACUGGGGCCUGACGGCGCAAUAUGCGCUCGGGCACAGUCUUGGUGAAUAUGCAGCCCUACAACUGGCAGGAGUGCUCAGCAUCAGCGACACAAUCUACCUAGUUGGGUCGCGGGCUGCAUUAUUAGAGAGAAGAUGCACAGUGGGGUCACAUGGGAUGUUGGCAGCCAAAGCAUCUGUUGCUGACCUAGAAGAGGUUCUCAAGGGUGCGCAAGUAGAGGUGUCGUGCAUAAAUGGCCCAGAUGAUACUGUUUUGAGUGGAACAAAUGAUGAGAUUGAGCGAGUCUCCAAGAAGUUAUCGGACCUUAAUGUGACAUCCAAGAAGCUCAUUCUACCAUUCGCAUUUCACUCGUCACAAGUCGACCCGAUCUUGGAAGAGUUGGAACAUAUUGCCAGCCAAGUCACAUUCCGAGUACCAAAGAUUCCAAUCGUGUCACCCACUCUGGGUCAUAUUAUCACAGACCAAAAAAUUAUUGGGGCCCAGUAUAUUCGCCGGAAUUGUCGUGAGCGCGUAAACUUUCUCGGUGCCGUACAGGCGGCUCAGGCUUCAGGCAUCUUUGACUCUGGGGCAUUGGCAGUUGAGAUUGGUGCACACCCCAUCCUCACACGCAUGAUGAAGGCUGUGGUAGGCUCAAGUGUUAGGGUGUGUCCAACAUUAUCCCAUCGAGAGAACAUGUCCAAGACCCUCGCAGGAUCAUUGUCCGUAUUGCACCUGGGAGGAGUGCGGCUGAACUGGGACGAGUACCAACAGGACUUCAAGACCAGUACCCGGGUAGUCAUGCUCCCUGAAUAUAACUGGGAUUAUCAGGACUGCUGGAUUCAGUAUCAGAAUAACUUUUGCCUGACAAAGGGGUGCCCUGAAAGGCCUAUCAGCGCCGAUGCUAUUGAGCCCAUGUCGACUCGGCUGAGCCCUUCUGUCCAAAGGAUUGUGGAAGAGGAGAUGGAUGCCACACGCGCAAGGAUUAUUAUCGAAUCUGAUAUUACUGACCCGGAACUACUGCCAGUGGCGCUUGAUCACAAAGUCAACGGUAUAACGCUAUGUCCAUCGUCUUUAUAUGCGGAUAUUACCCAUACAUUAGGUGUAUAUCUGUUAGGCAAGAAAGAGAAUUUAACAGAAUAUAAAAUAGAUAUCUGCAACGUGGUUGUGGAAAAAGCUCUAGUCGUCAAAGGGACUGGGUCACAACUCUUCCGUGCAUCGCUUGAUAUGGACUGGAACAUGCUCCGUGGAAUGAUGAAGGUGUACAGCAUUGACGACACAGGAGCUCCCACCGCACAGCACGCAGAAUGUGCCAUAGAGCUCCGAAGAGCUCAUCUCUGGCAGGAAGACUGGAAGCGCCAGCUGUACCUGAUCCAGCGCAGCAUUGAACAGCUCAAGAAGGGUGUUGAGGAAGGGUGGACUCACAAGAUGCGCCGAGGUGUGGCGUACAGACUCUUCUCGUCGAUGAUGCAAUACGGCGCCUCAUAUCAAGGCAUUGAGGAAGUCAUAUUCGACAGUUUUGGGCUUGAAGCCACGGCUCAAGUGCGUUUACAGUCAACCAAAGGCAAGUAUUCAUUGAAUCCUGUCUGGUCUGACAGCUUCGGCCAUCUGACCGGCUUCGUCAUGAAUUGUAAUGAUUCUAUUGAUCUAACCGAGCACUUGUUCGUGAACCACGGCUGGGGAUUCAUGCGCUGUGUGGAGCCUUUCUCCCCGGACACGGUUUACCAAACUCACGUCAAAAUGCAACCUGUCGCUGGGAACGAUGGCCUUUAUGUGGGAGAUGUUUAUAUUCUCAACGAUUACCGCAUCAUUGCUCAGUAUGGAGCAGUCACAUUUCAGAAAGUGCCUCGGCGGGUCUUGGAAAUGUUGUUGCCUGCCGCCACAUCCAAAGGCCGGUCUUCAAGCAUGAGACCAAGAAAUGACGAUACCUCCCAGCCUGCUACCAGGUUCCAGACUAAAGGACAAACUCAGCCGACUGAUUUUGAGGGGUCAUGGCAGCGAGUACUGGAAAUCAUCGCCCGCGAGAUUGGCAUCGAUCCUGGACAGCUCACUGAGGAUGUGAACCUUACCGACAUGGGAGUUGAUUCGCUUAUGUCUUUGACCAUUAUUGGUAAUUUUCGGGAGUUCCUCGGUCUAGACGUACCAUGGUCGCUUUUCGAAGACUGUCCAUCUGUGCAGUCACUUCGUGUCUACCUCGAUAUGUCAUCAUUGUCUGAAUCUGAAAGUGGUGAGACAAGCCGUUAUCCAACCCCUGAUGGAUCUACUACGACCGCUAUGACAUCUCCUAGUAGAUGUGACAGGGACGUGGAGAGAAGCUCAGGAGUAGAUGGUGUGAGAACUACCGUGGCCUUGGUCUUAUCCAUACUAGCCGAGGAAAUGGGUGUAAAUCAUGGAGAUCUCUCCAAUGCAGAUGACCUGGGCGAAUUUGGCCUAGAUUCCCUCCUGUCACUCACAGCUCUUGGAAGAGUGCGUGAUGAAACGGAUCUAGACCUCCCCAAUGACUUCUUUCUAGAGCACUCGAGCGUUGCUUCAAUCGCGGCAGCGCUGAGAACAAUGCUUGCAUUUACAGAGCAAGGUCCCGAGCAGAAUUUAAUUACCAGUCAUCCACCCGCCACGUCGACAACGCUCCAAGGCAACGAAAGCUGCCCACGGACCCUGUUCCUCUUCCCUGAUGGGUCUGGGUCCUCCACAUCCUAUUCAACACUACCCACCAUUUCUAGAGAUGUACACGUAUAUGCGAUGAACUGUCCGUAUUUGAAGCGGCCAAAUGAGCUCACCCAGUGCCAACUCCAAGACCUUACCCCAGUCUACGUAGCAGAGAUCCGUCGACGGCAACCACGCGGCCCAUACAACCUCGGCGGUUGGUCUGCGGGUGGGAUUGCUGCAUAUGAAGCCGCACAGUAUCUCGUUGAUCAAGGGGAAAAGGUUGAGCGACUGCUAUUGAUAGACUCUCCAAAUCCAAUGGGCUUGGGAAUGUGGCCACCACAUUUCUACCGUUUUCUUGGGGAAGCAGGAGUCUUCGGUGUGCAAGGCGGGCGGACCCCUCCAGCGUGGCUAUUGCAGCAUUUCCAAGCCUUUAACGAAGUACUAGAACAGUAUACACCGGAACCCUUUCGCCCAGCUAACGCGGCCCCCCGUACUACUCUCAUCUACGCACAGGAUGGUGUAUGCAAGUCGCCGAGGGACCCUCGGCCAGAACGACAACCGGGUGACCCAGAGGUUAUCUCUUGGCUGCUAGAAAGCCGAGUGAACAUGUCAUACAACGGAUGGGAUGGAGUACUUGGGGUGGAUAACAUCCAUUUAGAAACAGUAUCUGAUGCUAACCAUUUCACCAUUGUUCGAACUCCAGCGGUCGUUCGUCUGGCUGAAAUAGUGCGGAUGGCGAUGUCUCAAUAAUUUCCAAUAGUUGUGUUUCAUUAUACUUCCACAACCCAAUGUGUGCUAUCCAAAGUCCUACAUGUAGGUCGUAUGCGCUUGUCUCCACUAUUAUGAAAUGCAGAUUUGUACAUAAUAUCCCACUAGCUUUUACAUUCCUAGACAUCACCCCUAUCCAAGUUUGCGCGGAGGGGCUAAAUUCUACACACCCAAUCCAGGUUGCAUAAUCCUUUU